UCAUCUACCAAUCAUCUUUGAAACCAUUCAAAACGACCUUCAACAAGUACCUUUAUCCUUCUGAACAAUGAAUAAUUCUACUACUGUGGCUAUCAUGUCAAGAAAUACAGCUCCUGUAAUUACAAUCCUUGCUACAAUUUCCCCAGUUGCAAUGAACUCGUUCAACAAAAGUGAUAAUAGUUCACAGUCUAAAGCCACAAGGAUUUGUCCUGACGAACAAACCGAGCAAGAAAGGAUUAUCAAGAUAAUAGCCUAUUCAGUUAUUCUUGUCGUAUCGUUGAUUGGUAACAUUCUCAUUGCUGCUGUUAUCCUCAGCAACAAGAACAUGAAGAAACCAACGAACUACUUCAUCCUCAACUUGGCCAUAUCUGACCUUGUAGUCCCAACCAUGUCUCAUAGCAGGGAAUUGGCGUUGUUGUACACAAAAUCUAAAUAUGAUUUAAAAUGGCUUGUCGGAGGAACAUUUGGUACAAUAUUUUGCAAAUUGGUGCCAUUUUUUCAUGAUGUAACAACUGCUGUAUCAAUACUCAGUUUGAUUCUCAUCACUAUCGAUAGAUUCAUUGCASUCGUUUUCCCAAUGAAACACUACAUUAUGUCAAAAACAGUGUGCAGAGUACUGAUCUUUGGAACAUGGUUGGUAGGAAUGAGCCUACAUGCAAUCUAUUUAUACACAUUUGAACUCUGGGUCGGCUCCCAUGGGAUAACUUUCUGUGGGUCAAGAUGGUACAAAAAAUUUGGUUGGGAACUUGGAAAAAAAAUUUUUCGCAAUUACUCUCUAACAUUGUUCUUUCUUCUUGCUGUAACACCGAUUAUUGUAAUGACUGUUGCAUAUACUAUUAUCAUCGUCAGCCUCAAAAAACAGUCUAUCGCAUUAGAAGACUCGUUCAGUGAUCGACAAAAACGGCAGAGGGCCGAUAAAGAGAAAAAGAUCGUAGCCAUGGCGAUAUCGAUUAUCGUAGCAUUUAUAAUAUCGUGGACUCCAUGUAAUAUUUAUGCAUUUAUGGCACUGUUCGUAUAUAAACACAGUAUGCCACAAUCAUGCUUUUUAAUAACAUUUCGUUUUAUAGCAUUUUUCUGUGCAUACUCUAACGCAGCUGUAAAUCCAUGUAUUUUGUUCAUGUUCAGUCAGAAAUUCCGCCACGGAUUCAUGCAAAUGCUUACAAAAAUAGGAAUCGUUAAGAAACGUAGACAGCAGCUGCCCGCAAAUCAGCAAGAGAUGGAGAAUAUGGGCAAAUGAAAAUGAUAACUUGACAUUACAACCAUGUAAACAUUUUUGUUAUUUGGCUGAAUAAUUGUCAACAAUUAAUGUAAUCUACUAAUUAUUUUUCCGAACCAAAAUUAAAGGCGUAUUUGGCUUAUGUGAUGUUGUAAAGAUUAUAGAAGGAAUAAAGACAUAGAAUUCUUACUGGA